CCCCUUCCAUGCAAUCUUCUUCAGACAGUAUUUACUCACCUCUGCAAUUUUUCUCUAUCCUUGCAGCCCUGGUAGCAGCACACUGAUGACGUGUUGUACCCACCCCCUCCAGGAAGUGCCUUUUUUCACCUCUCCCACUUCGCACUUUACGGCGCCGCCCCUUGUUCUACUUACACAAGUUGACCGUGUGCGGUCCAUAUCGUUCUAGAAUGCUGUGCAGGGCAGCAGUAUGGAAUCUUUUGGCGACUGGGAGCUGCAGGAGAAGCUGCGGUGUCAGGGCUUUCUAUGGGGAUGGCAAAGGUACCUAAAAUGUCCUGGGUCAUUAGCAAGGGGACCUGUCAUCAUCAAUAUCACCAUCAUCACUGCUUGUACUAUGGAAGGCGAGCUACCUAGGGUGGUGAUGGCUUUGGUGAUGAGGAUUGCAUCACCAAAGAUGCUCAGCCAACCACAUGUAGAACUGCAAUUGUCAGGCUAUCACUGUAUUAUGGAUGGGGUCUUAUUCACUAAAUACUGAAUUGUUGUGAAUUGAAAAUAGAAGUUAUUAAAAUACUGGUUUGGGGGGAAAAAAAUUCUUCAGGUUGCCUACAAAUACAACCUGGCUAUUUUUAUUGUAUUUUGUUUGUACUGUAAGCCUAAGGGUCUGAGGUUUUUAGAAAGGUUGAGCAGAAAUAUAUCAAUUUCUGCUCAUAGAAUUUCCUAAAACCAAACUAUUCAUGUGCCAAGAUGGGUCAGUAGUAAAACUAAAGUUGUAAACCCUGAGAUUUGUGAAUAAACCCGAAUAUAAAAGCUCCCACUAAACAGUUCGUAUGCAAGUGGCUUAUACGGGUAAAGUAAACCGGUACAGCUUAGCUGAAAGUAUUUUGUUGUUUUUUGGUUUUUUUUGUUUAGUGCCAUAACCCACAGUUUGUGUAUACACCCAUACCCGAACAUAUUGCAGGCAUUGACUUAAAUCUUGAUGCAGUUGAAAUUUACACAAAGCAAUAAAACAAGACCGUAAAACGCAAUCGAAGGCAGCAGCUGCCAACAGGUAGUCCUCCAGAUGUGGAACUGCAUCUCUGAUGGUGCUUCGUCCAAAGCACAGAAAAGCAGUGCAUUGCAGUGGGGAAGAUGUAGACCCCUGCCAGAUGUCCCGUUGGAUUUCCCAUAGUUAAAAGAUUUUGUUUGGCCUGUGUGACAUAAUUUUAUUUAUUUUGCAGAUAAAAUUCAGCAGAUGAAGCCAGAUGAAUCGGAGUUAAGGCCUCUUUAUAUGGAUGUUCAAGCUACCACUUCGCUGGUCUGUAUCUAACUGUCAUAAUCAUUUAGAACAUUACCUGAAACUAUUGCAUUUCUUGGAAUUCAGUCUUUUCAGUUAAAAUAAUAUAUCAUCCUCAUUUUAAACAUUUUAAUUUAACCUCUAUGUUAUAACAUGUCAUCUCAGACAUUUGCUUGUCUACCUUUCCCACUCCCUUUUUCUGACCGCCAUCGUUGUACAACUUUGUUUAGAUUGUCAGUUACUUGACCCUUUGCUCACCAUUUUGCAACCAUUAAAAUCAUGUCCUCUUCCCACCUGUAGCAUAUUUUGUCAGGUAGUUUUGAAAUGCAACGGGCAGUUGCAAUAUAGUGAGAAUUGGGUCCGAUAAUUCACAGUCUGACACAAUAUGCUUACACAUGGCUGUCAAAACAAGUCAGAAAGACGGCAAGGUGUUUCUUCUAAAAUUUCAAUAUACACAAUUUAAAAAAAGAAUAAAAUAUUAGAUGGUGUAUGAUAAAAUAAAGAUGAUAUUAAAGGGACACUAUAGGCACCUGAACAACUUUAGCUUAAUGAAGCAGUUUUGGUGUAUAGAACAUGCCCCUGCAGCCUCACUGCUCAAUCCUCUGCCAUUUAGGAGUUAAAUCCCUUUGUUUAUGAACCCUAGUCACACCUCCCUGCAUGUGACUUGCACAGCCUUCCAUAAACACUUCCUGUAAAGAGAGCCCUAUUUAGGCUUUCUUUAUUGCAAGUUCUGUUUAAUUAAGAUGUUCUUAUCCCCUGCUAUGUUAAUAGCUUGCUAGACCCUGCAAGAGCCUCCUGUAUGUGAUUAAAGUUCAAUUUAGAGAUUGAGAUACAAUUAUUUAAGGUAAAUUACAUCUGUUUGAAAGUGAAACCAGUUUUUUUUUCAUGCAGGCUCUGUCAAUCAUAGCCAGGGGAGGUGUGGCUAGGGCUGCAUAAACAAACAAAGUGAUUUCCUUUAACCCCUUCAGGACGGAUGACGGACGAGGUCCGUCAUCCUGGGGAUGCCCUUAACGACGGGUGACGGACCUCGUCCGUCACGCGGUAAAAUUAACCCCGCGAUCGCCGCAGUGCCGGCGAUCGCGGGGUUAACGCUGUUGCUGGGUGCCUCCGAGUCAGGGGCAGACCAGCAACAGCAAAUCGCAAUGUCCCAGCACAUGUGAUCGCUGUGACAGCCAGUCACAGCGGUCACAAUGCUGCUGGGACAUCUGAUCCGCCUCCCUCCACCUCUUGUGGGUUUGUGAAGUGGAGAGAGACGGAUCGGUGCUACAUUGUGUCCCUGAGGAAUAGCUAAGGUGUAAUAAAAAUUAACUAUCCCUUUUCCCCUGUCAAAAAAAAAAAAUUAACCCUUUCCCUGCUGCUUGAUCACUGCUAGCAGUGAUCAAUAUACAGGUCACAGUACUUUACUGUGAUCUAUUUUUUUUUUUACACUUAAGGGUUAAAUUUUAUUUUUUUUUGUAACCCUAAGGGGUUCAAUUUUAUUAUUUUAUUUUAUUAAUUUGUGAUUUAGUUAGUUGGGUGGGUGGAAUUUAGUGUUAAUUGGGGAAUUUAGUUAGGGGUAAAAAAAAAAAAAAAGUUUAGUUAUUUAGUUAAAGUUUUCUUGUUUCUGUGUUAACUGUAUUAACAAUGUUGCGAAAGUAUAGCGCAGAGGAGGCUUAUGCCCUGUUAGCCGCUGACUCAGAGGCGACCGACACUGCCUCAGAGAGUGACGCAGGGAGUGACGCAGGGAGUGACGCAGGGGACAGGGACUAUGUGCCAGAUUCUGCAGUAACAUCAGAGGAAAUCGCUGAUUCCCCUAAUGUUCAAUAUGGCACAGAUGACUGGGUACCCCCUAAUCAUUUUUCACCAGACAUCCCAGUGUUCACUGCCAAUCCUGGCAUACAGGCUGACCUGUCUGGCUAUAAUGCGCUGGAUUGUAUGGAGCUGUUUUUGGGGGAUGAUUUUUUUUGGGAGGUAGUUACCCAGACAAAUCUGUAUGCGGAGCAAUAUCUUGCACGCAACCAAGACUCCCGAAUCGCCAGGACAGAGAGAUGGUACCCAACCAGUGUGCCAGAAAUUAAACAAUUCUGGGCACUGACAAUGUUAAUGGGGAUAGUUAAAAAGCCCACAAUUAGAAUGUAUUGGACUAAAAAUCCUAUUUUUAAUACCCCCAUUUUUUCCCAGACAAUGCAUAGGGAGCGAUAUGAGGACAUACUGCGUUUUAUGCACUUUAAUGACAAUAUGAAGUGCCCCCCAAAAGGUCAUCCACAGUAUGACAUUCUUUAUAAAAUACGCCCCCUAAUUUCCCACUUAAAUGAAAAAUUUGCCACUAUUUACACCCCCAAAAAACACAUUUCAAUUGAUGAGUCCCUCAUGAAAUAUAAGGGAAGACUGGGAUUUAGACAAUAUAUCCCAUCCAAAAGAUCCCGGUAUGGGAUAAAAUUUUAUAAAUUAUGUGAAAGUGGCAGUGGCUAUGUAUACACCUUUCGUGUAUAUGAAGGAAGGGAUAGCCACAUUGAUCCCCCAGGUUGCCCAGAUAUAAUAGGGACAAGUGGGAAAAUUGUCUGGGAUUUAAUAAUGCCCUUACUUAACUAUGGUUAUCACUUAUAUAUUGAUAACUUUUAUAACAGCAUCCCACUCUUACAAAUGCUGUACUGUUUUGAGACCGUGGCCUGUGGCACUAUCAGGAAGAGUCGCACAGGUUUCCCAAAGGCUCUAGCAGAAAAAAAAUUAAAAAAGGGGGAAACAGCAGCUCUCUGCCAAAAUGAACUGCUGGCACUCAAGUACCGCGAUAAAAAGGAGGUUUUCAUCCUAACUACCAUCCACGGGGAAAACACUCGCAGGGUCGCAGUUCGUGGCAGAGAGGAAUAUAAACGGGUGCCAGUCUGCAUACAGCAAUAUAAUCGACAUAUGGGGGGAGUUGAUCUGUCCGAUCAACUAAUGCAGCCGUAUCUAAUCAUGCGCAAAACCAGGGCAUGGUAUAAAAAAGUGGGCAUAUAUAUAAUGCAGACGGCAGUCCACAAUGCCUUUAUUAUUUUUAAAAAGGCAAAUGCUCAGCUGAAAUGCACAUUCCUUUCAUUUCAAUUUCAGCUCAUUUCUGGGUUACUUGAGUGCCACAGAGGGGGACAAUCAGUGGAGCCUAGCAGAAGAAUGGAGGCAGGUCACUUCUGCUUCAAGAUUCCAUCAACCUCCAGAAAGAAAAACCCCCAGAAAAGAUGCAGGGUGUGCUACAAGAGGGGCGUAAGAGUUGAGACCAGCUAUUACUGUCCUGAUUGCCCCUCUCAGCCCGGCCUAUGUAUUGGCCACUGUUUUAAAGUUUUCCACACCCAGGCCGAAUAAGCAGACCAGUUUUGGGGUCUGAAUUUAGUCAACUGUCUGGUUACCAAAUCUUGGCUUUGUCUCCCGUUUAUCCUGUCUUCUCUGAUCCUUGACCUCGGCUUGUCCUAUCGUUGUUCCAUUUCUCUUUACCCCUUUGACCUCGGCUUGUACCUUGACUAUUCUCUGCUUGUAUAGCCCGGCCAUUCUAAGGACCGGUAUUACAAGUGUCUCUCUCUGUGUUCUCUCUCUUUUUAGUCUGUCUGUGUUUUGGAAUCCGUGACAGCGUUGCCCGUGACACAGAUUACUGGGUACUACCCCCAGAUAGGAUUAAGCCAACUAUUCCCCCUUUUCACAGCAAAUAGUAUGCACUUGUUCAUAAUUUGAAUUGAUGAGCUGCUUAUACUUAAAAAUAUAUGUGGUCUUUGAGAGGUAAUUUGCAGUCCUGGGCUGCUAAAAUAACACUUUGGCCCAGCAUCCACUUUUGAAAAAUAUGAAAGUGAUGUGUCAAGGUGCCCCUUCAACAUCCACAUAUCCCUGAAAAAGGUACACAUGGGGGUAUUGCUGCACUAAGAGGACAUAGCUGAGCAACAUAUUAGGUGUUCUACUGCCAUAGCACACAUAAGGAUUACAAAAUAUACAGUAACAACUCCAAGUGUGUGUCAAAAAGGCAGAAAAAAAUGCUCAUUGUAACUAGACUUGGUACAAACUAACAAAAAAAUGAUCCAACGCUAAGGUUUAAAAUAUGCCUUUUGAAAUGCCCUGGGGUGUCUACUUUAAAAAAUGGUAGGCCUUUGUGGGGUAAUUUGAACUUAAAACCUGCUAAGAUGCUUGGAAAUUGCACAUGGGCCAAGCGUCAAAAUUCAAAGUUCGGUAAAAACUGAUAUGGCUUGGUCUCCAAUGUGCCCCUUCAACAUCCACAUAUCCCUGAAAAGGGUACACAUGGGGGUAUUGCAGCAUUAAGAGGACAUAGCUGAGCAACAUAUUAAGUUUUCUACUGCCAUAGCACACAUAAGGAUUACAAAAUAUACAGUAACAACUCCAAGUGUGUGUCAAAAAGGCAGAAAAAAUGCUCAUUGUAACUAGACUUGGUACAAACUAACAAAAAAAUGAUCCAACGCUAAGGUUUAAAAUAUGCCUUUUGAAAUGCCCUGGGGUGUCUACUUUAAAAAAUGGUAGGCCUUUGUGGGGUAAUUUGAACUUAAAACCUGCUAAGAUGCUUGGAAAUUGCACAUGGGCCGAGCGUUAAAAUUCAAAGUUCGGUAAAAACUGAUAUGGCUUGGUCUCCAAUGUGCCCCUUCAACAUCCACAUAUCCCUGAAAAGGGUACACAUGGGGGUAUUGCAUCAUUAAGAGGACAUAGCUGAGCAACAUAUUAGGUGUUCUACUGCCAUAGCACACAUAAGGAUUACAAAAUAUACAGUAACAACUCCAAGUGUGUGUCAAAAAGGCAGAAAAAAAUGCUCAUUGUAACUAGACUUGGUACAAACUAACAAAAAAAUGAUCCAACGCUAAGGUUUAAAAUAUGCCUUUUGAAAUGCCCUGGGGUGUCUACUUUAAGAAAUGGUAGGCCUUUGUGGGGUAAUUUGAACUUAAAACCUGCUAAGAUGCUUGGAAAAUGGCACAUGGGCCGAGCGUCAAAAUUCAAAGUUCGGUAAAAACUGAUAUGGCUUGGUCUCCAAUGUGCCCCUUCAACAUCCACAUAUCCCCGAAAAGGGUACACAUGGGGGUAUUGCAGCACUAAGAGGACAUAGCUGAGCAACAUAUUAGGUGUUCUACUGCCAUAGCACACAUAAGGAUUACAAAAUAUACAGCAAUAUCUCCAAGUGUGUGUCAAAAAGGCAGAAAAAAUGCUCAUUGUAACUAGACUUGGUACAAACUAACCAAAAAAUUAUCCUACGCUAAGGUUUAAAAUAUGCCUUUUGAAAUACCCUGGGGUGUCUACUUUAGGAAAUGGUAGGCCUUUGUGGGGUUUUUUGAACUUUCCAACUGCAAUAAUGUCCCAAAUUGAAGCAUAGGCCAAUUAAAUCCAUCUCUCAAAAUUGUACUGUAAAUACUGAAAUGGAUAGGUCUCCUAUAUGGCACUGUAGCUUCACGAAAUAGUGCUAAAGACAUACAAUGGGGGUGUCAUUUUACUCAGAAGACUUAGCUGAGCAUAAUUCGGGGGGUUUGAACUUAGUGGCACAUGUGAAAUACACAAAAUGCCUAGCAAAAAUGCAAUCCAUAUGUAAAAAACGCACAAAAUUAUUUUUUACCACAUAAUUUGGCAUAUAUUGGUGAAAAAAUGGGAGCACGUUAAGGCACAAUAUGCACCUUAUGAGAUACCCUGGAGUGUCUACUUUUACAAAUGGUAGGCCUUUGUGGGUUUUUUUUGAACAGUCAAACUGUUAUAAUACCCCAAAUGGACGCAUAGGCUCAUCAAAUCCGUCUCUCAAAAUUCUACUUUGAAUACUGAAAAGGAUAGGUCUCCUAUAUGGCACUGUAACUUCACGAAAUAGUGCCAAAGACAUACAAUGGGGGUGUCAUUUUACCCAGAAGACUUAGCUGAGCAUAAUUUGGGGGGUUUGAACUUAGUGGCACAUGUGAAAUACACAAAAUGCCUAGCAAAAAUGCAAUCCAUAUGUAAAAAACGCACAAAAUUAUUUUUUACCACAUAAUUUGGCAUAUAUUGGUGAAAAAAUGGGAGCACGUUAAGGCACAAUAUGCACCUUAUGAGAUACCCUGGAGUGUCUACUUUUACAAAUGAUAGGCCUUUGUGGGGUUUUUUUGAACAGUCAAACUGUUAUAAUACCCCAAAUGGACGCAUAGGCUCAUUAAAUCCGUCUCUCAAAAUUCUACUUUGAAUACUGAAAAGGAUAGGUCUCCUAUAUGGCACUGUAACUUCACGAAAUAGUGCCAAAGACAUACAAUGGGGGUGUCAUUUUACUCAGAAGACUUAGCUGAGCAUAAUUUGGGGGGUUUGAACUUAGUGGCACAUGUGAUAUAUACAAAAUGCCCAGCAAAAAUGCAAUCCAUAUGUAAAAAACGCACAAAAUUAUUUUUUACCACAUACUUUGGCAUAUAUUGGUGAAUAAAUGGGGGCAUGUUAAGGCACAAUAUGCACCUUAUGAGAUACCCUGGAGUGUCUACUUUUACAAAUGGUAGGCCUUUGUGGGGUUUUUUUGAACAGUCAAACUGUUAUAAUACCCCAAAUGGACGCAUAGGCUCAUUAAAUCCGUCUCUCAAAAUUCUACUUUGAAUACUGAAAAGGAUAGUUCUCCUAUAUGGCACUGUAACUUCACGAAAUAGUGCCAAAGACAUACAAUGGGGGUGUCAUUUUACUCAGAAGACUUAGCUGAGCAUAAUUUGGGGGGUUUGAACUUAGUGGCACAUAUGAAAUAUACAAAACGCCCAGCAAAAAUGCAAUCCAUAUGUAAAAAAUGCACAAAAUUAUUUUUUACCACAUACUUUGGCAUAUAUUGGUGAAAAAAUGGGAGCAUGUUUAGGCACAAUAUGCACCUUAUGAGAUACCCUGGAGUGUCUAUUUUUACAAAUGGUAGGCCUUUGUGGGGGUUUUUUGAACAGUCAAACUGUCAUAAUACCCCAAAUGGAAGCUAAGGCUCAUUAAAUCCAUCUCUCAAAAUUCUACUUUGAAUACUGUAAAGGACAGGUCUCCUAUAUGGCACUGUAGCUUCACGAAAUAGUGCCAAAGACAUUCAUAUGGGGUGUCAUUUUACUCAGAAGACUUAGCUGAGCAUAAUUUGGGGGGUUUGAACUUAGUGGCACAUAUGAAAUAUACAAAACGCCCAGCAAAAAUGCAAUCCGUAUGUAAAAAAUGCACAAAAUUAUUUUUUACCACAUACUUUGGCAUAUAUUGGUGAAAAAUGGGGGCAUGUUAAGGCACAAUAUGCACCUUAUGAGAUACCCUGGAGUGUCUACUUUUACAAAUGGUAGGCCUUUGUGGGGUUUUUUUGAACAGUCAAACUGUUAUAAUACCCCAAAUGGAUGCAUAGGCUCAUUAAAUCCGUCUCUCAAAAUUCUACUUUGAAUACUGAAAAGGAUAGGUCUCCUAUAUGGCACUGUAACUUCACGAAAUAGUGCCCAAGACAUGCAAUGGGGGUGUCCUUUUACUCAGAAGACUUAGCUGAGCGUAAUUUGGGGGGUUUGAACUUAGUGGCACAUGUGAAAUAUACAAAAUGCCUAGCAAAAAUGCAAUCCAUAUGUAAAAAACGCACAAAAUUAUUUUUUACCACAUAAUUUGGCAUAUAUUGGUGAAAAAAUGGGAGCAUGUUAAGGCACAAUAUGCACCUUAUGAGAUACCCUGGAGUGUCUACUUUUACAAAUGGUAGGCCUUUGUGGGUUUUUUUUUGAACAGUCAAACUGUUAUAAUACCCCAAAUGGAUGCAUAGGCUCAUUAAAUCCGUCUCUCAAAAAUCUACUGUGAAUACUGAAAAGGACAGGUCACCUAAAUGGCACUGUAACUUCACGAAAUAGUGCCAAAGACAUACAAUGGGGGUGUCAUUUUAAUCAGCAGAUGUAACUGAACACAAGAUAAAACUUUGUACAGGAAUAGCACACCAACUUUACAAAAUAAACAUGAGAAGUUCUUUGUUAUAAGUUUGUGUGCCAAAAACCCCAAAAAACUAAAUUUUACUCCAAUAUUUAGCAGAGGUUGGCGGUGAAAUGGCUAUGUAGAAAGUGUCAAAACCACCUUAGGUAAAUAGCCUGUGAUGUCUACUUUAUAUAAAUAUAUACUUUUGUGUGGCAAUUUUGUUUUCUUUUAUGGCUAUUAAGCUUACAAGACAAACAUACCAAAUUCUAAAAUCGCUCCACAUUAAAAGUUUAUUUUACUCCUUGUGCUUUGUGACCUGUAACUACCAAAAAAAACUGAAAAUCCCAGACACAUUAUAUAUUCUGUAAAUCAGAACAAAUAAAUAAAUUUAUUUUUAAUUACUUUCCUUAACCUGCACUAAUUAUGCACACAUUAUUAUUGCAAAAACUGUAAAAAAACCAAUAUUUUUCAUUUUUUUUUGCAUUUUUCUGUAUUUUUUUUAUAAUAAGUAAGCAUUUAUAUAUAUAUAUGUUAUAUCAAAUUAAAGCCCUUUCUGUCCUUUAAAAAACAGUAUAUAAUAUGUGUCGGUGCAAUAAAUGAGAGAGAUGCAAAUUGCAUUUGAACGCAAACAGCAAGAAAAUGCAAAAAUUGCUUGUGUCAUUAAGCGUAAGUCAAGCUUCUGAAGCUGUGUCCUUAAGGGGUUAAUGUAACACUAUAGGGUCAGUCACACAAACAUGUAUUCCUGAACCUAUAGUGCUAAAACCACCAUCUAGUCCCCACGCCCCUUGCCCUCCAAAAUCUUAAUUUUAUUCUAGACUGCUGCUGGCUCUGCCACUGAUCUGCCUGCUUGGCUGACAUCCUCAGAAGUGAUUUUCUGAGAUGAUCACAAUGCUUUCACAUAGGAAAGCAUUGGUUUUGCUGAGCUUUUCAAGGAGGCAGAUCAGAGGCAGAGCCAGUACAAGUCAAACACAGCCCUGGCCAAUGAACAACAUCUCAGAGAUGCAUUGAAUUAAUUAAUCUCUAUGAGGAAAGCUUAGUGUCUCCAUACAGAAGGUGGAGACACUGAAUGGCAGUACUGCCCCUGGAAGCACCUCUGAGGAGUGGCCAGUGGAGUUAAUGUAAGCCGUGUAUUUUCUCUGAAAAGCCUGAAGGGAAUGAUUAUACUCCAAUACAAUAAGCUGUAGUUGUUCUGGUGACCAUUGUGUAUUAUUAUUAUUAUUAUUAUUAUUAUUAUUAUUAAUUUUUUUUUUUUAAAUUAAUUAAUUUAUUUAUUUAUAAAGUGCCAGCAAAUUCUGCAGUGUUUCUUUAACUUCGUAAAAUAGAUCUUUUCCUUUCCAAAAAAGCAGCGUCACAACUAAACAAUUAGCUUUUAUAGGGUUAGAUUGACUCCUUUUUAUUUUUCUAUUUCUUGUUUUAAUCAUUAGAUUAUAAAAAAUGUUUCUACCCUUGUCCUCCCUCCCUGACCUUGUCUAUCCUCCAGUGAGGGGGAAUGACAUCAGCCAAGAAGGAUUAGGCUGAGGGAAGAACUUCGCCUCAGUGAUGGAAUAGAGGAAGAAUUAUUUUUUUUUUUUUUUUUUAAAGCAAAUUUUGCAUGGGGAGGACAGACCACCACAGAAAGAGUUACUGUAACCAAGACUGGUGUUUUCUGAAUUCUUUAACUUUACUCUUAGAUUGACCUAAUGUUAGACUGUGGCAGUUUUCGCAAAUAAAGAUUUUCUUUGAUUCGCUGAUAGGCAGUCAUGUUUGAGUUCUUAAAAUAUCUCUAUAUAUACUCUUCCUCUAUCUAGAUAUAUAUAUAUAUUUUUUUUUAUAUAAUUCUUUAUUUUUGAAAAGAUAGGUGAAGAGGUAAACAGCAAAUAUUCCAGUGUGUACAUAUUUAAUUCAAGAGACAAAAUAUAUUCAUAUCAUACAGCACGCAGGCAACACUCAUUUUGAUGUCUCAUUACUUCGCUGUCCCCUUCUCCCCCAUCUCCCAAUUUUUGUUCUAAUUUUUGAGAUUGAGGUAAAAGAUAGGCAGAAAGAAAUAGGAAGGAAAGUGAUAGUAAUAGAUAUAACGGUUAGAUAUCCUGCUGGGCAAGGAGCUAGACACCAGAGAUCUUAAAGAAUUUUUUUUUUUAUCGAAAAACAUUAAAUCAAGGCCGUGGUUGGUAAAUGGCAAUCUAAAACCUAUAAUCACUGCAGAAUUUCUGAUCUGUAUAACUAUUGUAAUUUUGUACUCAAGAUUCUGAUCUGUUACUUGUUUCUUAAUGUGUUUUCUUAAUGACCUCUUUCUGUUUAGGAUCCCCGAGUUCUAGACAGCAUGAUGCCUUUUAUGGUGAAUUAUUAUGGAAACCCUCACUCCAGGACUCAUGCCUAUGGAUGGGAGAGUGAAAAGGCAAUGGAGAAAGGUCGACAGGUAAUCUCUAUACGUCUGAUAUUUUAAUAUUUUAGAGAAUUCUACACUAUGGUAUACAAAGUCUAAUGUUUGGAAUGUCCUUUGAUCCAUACAAGUCAACAACUGCCUUAUAAUGCCCAGCUUUUAGAAGAAGCCAGUUGUCCCCAAAUGCCCAGCCUUCACCAGUAUUCAACCAUUGAUACAAAAUUGUCAUCAAAUGACCUGACAAAAUGUUGCCUUGGUUACCCACAUUUUUUUUAAAUUUAUUUUUUUAAUGCAUUUCUCAUGAUGCUCAGCUGGCCAAAAAGCUCUCUCUUUAUAUGGUGAAUUGUUUCUCCUUUAAUAAAAUGUAUUGUUUCUUUACCUUCUUUCUGUUUGUAUUGUAUUGUAGUCUAUGUUUAGACUAUUCUAUAUGUUCUGCCAGCUGUUCAUGUGUUCAGAUACUUAAUAAACACACUAAAAAUGUCGCACCUUCUCUUCUACAGCAAGUUGCCUCUCUGAUUGGAGCAGAUUCUCGUGAAAUCAUUUUCACAAGUGGUGCAACAGAGUCAAAUAAUAUUGCAUUGAAGGUAAUGUUUCGUUUGAGUGCAAAUCUAAAAUAAUGGUACACGGAUCUAUGUUUACUACUUGUCGACCCCCGUAAAUAGAGAGUGUUUUGGGCAACUUGUGAAUAUUUUAAGUUUCUCAAGUUCCCGUACAGGUGUGUUCUCAUUUGCAUCCUAGAGAUACUAUAACUCAUAUUUUUCUAAAUAUGCUGAUGAAAAAUACUGGGGGGGGGGGGAGAAACAAAUAACAUAGCUGUUUGCUUUAUUUUAAAAACAUUAAUGUAAUGUUGCCAAGUGUGAAAUUUUAAAUAUGGUUGAUUACUGUUAAAUCACCCAUUGUACAGCGCUACGGAAUUUGCUGGUGCUAUAUAAAUAAUAAUGAUAAUAAAGGAAUUUUCUUCACACAUAAGUACUUCAGCUUACUUAAAGCGGCACUGUCAUGCCGAAUCCUGUUUUGUUUUUGUUGGGUUUUUUUUAACCCCCCUUCCGUCUCCACUAUCUCUAACUGACCCCCUAGUCACCCCCAAAUGCCCUUAAGCCCCCCACAUUACCUAAUGUUUUAUCUUUAUUUUCUGCCCCGAUCUUUAUUCAGGGCGUCGCCAUCUUUGUGUGGGUAGAUGAAGUCCCUGUGGGACACGUCAUAUGCCCACACUAGAUAGACUGUGAGAUUCCCGCACAUGCCCAGUGAAACACUUGGACAUGCGAACAGGAAUUUAAUCUAUUCAUUCAUUCAUCAGACAGACGAAUUAAUGAAUAGAAAUGUCAGACGAACAAACUAACUAAUCGUUCAGUUUAUUACAAGGAGGGAGCUACCGGCGCACAGCUCCCUCCUUGUAAUAUGUAAAGAUAGAAGCUAUACCACUAUACCGCUAUACAGCGAGUAGGGGCAUGUCUACUAAACAGUGAGCAGCCUGUGGCUGCUCACUAUAAAAAAAACAAAAAUAACAAAAACUAUUGGUCCCCACCCCUAAAUGACGGGUGGGGGCCCUAAAGUAAAAUAAGGGGUGAGACCUACUGUCCUCCCCCCCCCCACCCUUGGGCGGCGGGUGGGGGCCCUAAGUCAAAUUCCCCCAUCAAAGGUGACUAGGGGUCCCCAAGCCCCUAGUCACCCACCCCCCCCCCACCCAAAUAAAAAGUCCCCUACCUUGCCCCCUCACCCUAAAAAAUAGUGAGGGGGAAUAAAAUAACUAACCUGUAAAGUAAAAUUAAACUUACCAUUCGACGUCUUCUUUUUUCUAAAAUCUUAAUUUUUCAGCCCCAAAAAAGGCCAAAUAAAAAACCAUCAUAACCAUCAAACUUAAAAUAAAAUAAAAACCAGAGCGCAAAAAAAAAUCCAUCUUCACCCAUGGAGGGCUCCGCGCAGACUGAGCUCCACAGGGCGGGGGAAGGCUUAUAAAGCCUUGUCCCGCUCUGCAAUUAGGCUAAGAACACUCUGAUUGGUGGGUUUAAGCCAAUCAGAGUGCUCUUUGUCAUUUUACACAGCAUGGGAAAAUUCCAAAGAACUUUCCCACGCUGUGUAAAAUGACACAGAGCACUGUGAUUGGAUGGAUUUCAAGCCAUCCAAUCACAGUGCUCUGUGUCAUUUUACACAACGUGGGAAAGUUCUUUGGAAUUUUUAAGGUGUCAUAAUUUCAAUGUUAUGAGUGUUCUUAAAAAACCAAUGCUUGUGGUAUUGCUGCUAUGUUCCUUUGUUGCUCAAAAUUUGUAUUAAUGCUUUGCAAUGUCAGUAUCUCGGGUAAUAAAAGGUUGUGCCAUAUAUAAGUGUUUCUGUUGUUUUUCUUUGUAACAUAAAGGGAGUUGCCAGAUUCUACAAGUCGCGUAAGAAGCACAUCAUCACUACACAGACAGAGCACAAGUGUGUACUGGAUUCAUGUCGGUCACUAGAGGCAGAAGGAUUCCAAAUCACGUAUCUUCCUGUCAAAAGUAACGGCUUGUUGGACUUGAAGGUUAGCCCUGGACUUCAUCUAAGUGGAUAAAAGAAAUAUAUAAAAAUAUGUAUAUUAUAUUGUAUGCUUCAACGCUGUUUUUUUUCGUCUAGGUCUUGGAGGAAGCAAUCCGACCAGACACAAGCCUGGUGUCUGUAAUGGCUGUGAACAAUGAGAUAGGUGUGAAACAGCCUAUACACGAGAUGGGUAACUUCUCUAAUAAUUUUUUUCCUAAUAUUUGACAUACAUAAGUAUUCUUUUUAUUUACCCCAUAACAGUAUUUUGUGCUGAGUAACAUAGUAGGUGUCCUGUAUCAAAAAUAUAAAGCGACACUAUAGUCACAAAACAAUUUUAGCUUAAUUAACCAGUUUUGGUGUAUAUCAUUAUGCCCCUGAGGUUUCACUGCUCCGUUCACUGCCAUUUAGGAGUUAGAUCACUUUUAUUUUAUGCAGCCCUAGCCCCACCUUCCCUGGCUGUGGCUGAUACAGCCUGCAUGAAAACAAACUGGUUUUGUUUUCAGUCAGAUGUAACUUACUUUAAAAGUUUUUAUCUCCUGUUUUGUAAAAUGAACUUUAGUCACACAGAAGAUGUUCCUGCAGGGUCAAGAAUGUGUAUUAACAGAGCAGGAGAUAGGAAAUUCUAAAUUAACUAAAAUGUACAAUAAAGGAAGUUUAAACAUCAGAUGUCUCCUUACAGGAAGUGUUUAGGAAGACUAUGCAAGUCACAUACAGGGAGGUGUGACUGGCGCUGCAUAAACAACGUGAUAUAACUCCUAAAUGGCAGAGAAUUGAGCAGUGAGACUGCAGGGGCAUGAUCUAUGCACCAAAAUUGCUUCAUUAAGCUAAAGUUGUUUUGGUGCCUAUAGUGUCCCUUUAUUUGUAUUAUUUUUUAUUUUAUUUAUUUUUAUGCGUAAACAAUUUCUUGGACUGAUCUCCUCCUAGAAAUAAAUAUUAAACUGUUGUGAUGAAGGCACAAUCUAAAACACAGGGAAGUGCUGUUGUUCUGACUUUGUUAUUGUGAUAAGCAACUUUCUGGAGAAAGGUAUUCCUAAAACAAUUUAUUCAGAUAGUUUUGCUCAAAUAUGGUCAAUGUUACUGAACUUAAAGUAAAAAGAACAUGCUGUUCCAAACUUGAAAGAAAAGUCUCUCACGAACAAAAAAUAAACACAUAGAUGGUCUACGGACUUGCUCAUAAGUCAUCCACCAGUGCAGUUCAUCCCUUGGUGGUUUUCCCCGUCAUUCCGUAGUCAUGUAUGACCUCCUCUCCAGAACACCUCCAGGCGCCAUCUUUAAUAUCCUGUGUAUCUUCUAAGUUCAUCAUCAGAUUGGGCAAAGCGUUCUAUUCGGCUUUUAAAUUCAGUAACAAUUGAAUUAACGAGGAGGCAAUUGAUUUAUUUAAACUUAUUUAACUGAUCUCCUAAACAAGAGGCAUUUUUCUUAACUAGUUGUUAUGUAAACCAUUGAAAUUUUACAUAAUUUAAUAUUGGCCCCAUUCUAAUGUAAAAUACUAACACACUUUAGGGUCCUCGACUCCUGCAUUUGGAAAGCCUAGGUUUAAAACUCAUUAUAUAUAUAUAUAUAUAUAUAUAUAUAUAUAUAUAUAUAUAUAUAUAUAUAUAUAUAUAUAUAUAUAUAUAUAUAUAUAUAUAUAUAUAUAAUAUUUUAUUUUUUUUAUUUUAUUUUUUCACUCGGUUUCCUUAUCAGGAAAUGUUCAAUUUUUUUUUUUAUCUUUCUCUACUUUCACCUGUUCUCAAUGCUUAUCUUUUUGCCGUUUACCACUUUAUUGCUGAAACAUUACAGCGUGCCUACGUCGGUGUUUAGUCAAACAUGUAUUUUUCAUUGUGUAUAUAAAUGUUCAGGCUAGCCAUGUUAGUUGCAGAUGAUAUAAAACAGCUGAAGGUCCACACUUGGAUAUUGUCCAGGAAUAAGGGCCAACUGUUUAUGACUCGGCAUUAUAACAACAUGCUGCGUUUUGGUAUCGGCUAACACACAUGGAUAAAUGUACAUUUGUGCAACAUUAUUCUACAACAGACUCUUAAUCUAGCAGAAAUUUGUCUAAAUGUCACAGUUUCAGUUUCUGAUCUCGGUGCCACUUCCAUUUAGAUUUGUCUUUCUUUUUGCAGGACAUAUUUGUAGCUCGCGUAAGGUAUUUUUCCACACAGAUGCAGCACAAGCAGUGGGAAAAAUUCCAGUCAAUGUUAAUGAGAUGAAGAUUGAUCUGAUGAGUAUCAGCGGACAUAAAGUCUAUGGGCCCAAAGGUGUGUUGAUCAUUUACAGUACUGAUUGGGUCUAAUAUGAGUAGAACUUUUACAUUUUUUAAUUUAUUUUUUCUUUUCUUCUUCAAUACAUAGUAAAUCAUGUCUCCCAUAAUGGUGAAAGUGAUAUUUUUUUUUUUUUAAUUCUUUAUUUUAUUUGUGCUUGGAGUAACAGUAAACAUGCAGAGCCACGACAGCUGCUGCAGGCAUAGUCAUAACAUUUCACAUAGCACAUUUUUAUAAUAUAGAUUUAACAAGCUUUAACAUCAUCGAUUUGUGGUAUUUAGUAAUCAUGCUAAGACAAAUAGCACAAUUUAAAGUGUUAUGGAAGGCAGGCUAAACAUAUUUCUCAACAUGAGGUUAAUUCUCAUUUUAUCAACAUAUUAAACAUGCUUGUACCAGUCAGGGAGUAGAGACUGUUAGGCUGGGCGACUUAGGCUUGAUGCUCUGACUGCUGUAGUGGUUGCCUUAGUGAGGUGUCAUAUGUUGGGAUGGUGAAGCGUAUCUAAGAUGGGAGAAGACCACCAAGUGUGAGGAACAUUUUGUUUAGCCAUAAGGUGAAAGUCUGGCAAGCUAGUGGGGGAGUAUAUCUAAAAGGUUAUUCAUGUCUUUGGUAACAGGCUCUGCAUCUUCAACUAAAUAAAAACUCAAACUGAAUGCAUUAAUAACAACUAAGGAGAAUGACACAGGUACAGUCUGCAAGUCUAUAUCAGCCAAUACCACAUGUGUGAGGCAGGCGGAAUCUGGGUUUUCGUGUUGGCAGGCCGUUUCGAUCAAGUCCUCCUUUAUCCUCAGGUCUUGGUCGGGAGUCCCCCAGAGCGUGCAGGCCAUCACAUAGGUGUUGCUGUUCCUCCGCUCCAGGAGCCAGAUCUGUGAUGCCUUCCAGUGCUUCUUUAUCUCUGGGCUCUUCGUCUGCAUAGACAGUGCCCGUCGCCCCCUGGGAGCCUCUAUCACUGACGGGCUCACUUGGCUGCAGGUGUUUGAUGGGCUGGACAUCCAUCCGGUCUCUCAGCUUAUUUGACUUUGACGCGUUCGGUUCACGCUGGAGAGCCCCCCCAGGGGCAGGUACGGAAAGGGUCUGCUGUAGCUGUCGAGCCUCUAUUCGGGCCCAGAAGGCUGUGCAGAGCUUGUCGAACGCUGUGUUGAAUCUGAGUUCCCACGAGGGUGUUUGAGGUACACAAGGCUUGGGUUCUUCGGGGUUCAUUUUUUUUUUUAAAUUCUUUAUUUUUCUUGUGCUUAUGGUUACAACAUGCUUGCAGCGCCACGACAGCGUGUACAAGCUAUUCAAUAUCAUACAGUGUCAUGGCAGAGUAAACAGCACAUUUAUAUUUUUGAAAUAUAACCGGUUUGGUACAAGUGGAUAGAACUUUUAUAGCUAGUUUAUGCAUGCUAAGUUGAGUAGUGUGGAUAUGGUUCUUAAGUUACAGGCCAUGCAAGUUAACGACAGGUAUAGAUUUUCUACACUGCUUGGAUUUAAAUUUAACCACCAGGGGGGCAGCGAGCCUCUGAGUUUGCUGGAUAAACUGACAUGUAGGCUUAUCUAUUUUUAAAAGAGUUACAUGUGGGUCUGCUGAAUAGGGUCAGCUGCAAUAAUGCUAGACAUAUCAGUAUGAAUAAAAACUAAAAAACAGAAGACACAAAGCGUUCUGCUGGGCUUUUGAUUAUGGUUAUACAGGGUUAGCAGUCACUUAGUUACUCCUGCAGCUGUGCGGGGUCGGCAGGUGUCCUGGCUAUAAUCAAGUCGCUGGUGUUCCCCGCUGGUUGCGUGAGUGCCCAGGCACCCGUUGGCCAGGAGUACGUUUGGUCGCAUGUCUGCAGGCUUCAGCCUCAAGUAUGAAAAGAGGCUUGUGUCCUAUGUCCGUUGCACUUCUGUGCCCAUUCAGGGUUAUAGUCCCAAGUGAGUCCCCGCAGAUCCGCCGGAGACCAUGUGAGAUGUUGCCUCAGAUAAUAUAUAAGCUGUGCUUACAUGUUGAAUGUGCCCUCCUUAGAGUCGUACGGUGGGUGGAAAGUGUGUGUCGUUGUUUGCGGGACACAGUCAAUGCUUGGUGUUCUGGUCCGCCUCUGUUUUCAAGCGGUGCCCAGCGGUUGCUCUAUUGCUGCCACCUCCAUUCUCCCACUAGUGAGGGACGCGGCGGCCAUCUUAGGUUUCGCCAUGCGGUCCCUAGUCUUUCGGUUCGCAGCCCAAGCGUCAUGAGUGGUCGCUGCCUCUCCGGUGGGGUCCGGGAUAACCCCCCCGGCCCACAGGGGGGGAGAACGGGGCCCUCAGUAGGCGUGCGAGAGGUCCCGCCGGACUAAGCACGGGAGACCGGCCGCAUCUCCCGCCAGAGCCUCACGACGGGCCGCAAUCCCAGCUGCCCAGUAAUCAGCAUCGCCGGUAGGACGGGAGUCGGUUUGUGCACCAGGAGUUGUGCUCAGGUCCCCUGUGUCGCCCAUUAGCAGCUGUGUGGCUUUUUCAGGGGAGGAAGAGUUAUUUGAAGCUAAAUGUUUAGGUUUCAUGGAGGAGCCGAGCUGUUCCACGUCCAUCCAGCUUGGCGGUCAGGCCCCGCCCCCCGUUCUUCGGGGUUCAUGUUGGCGAGCUUUGCUUCUCCUCGCCACGCUGGUUCCUCUGCAGCGGCCAUCUUGGGGCCUCUGUAGAGUUUCAGGCUUAUUGGAGUUGUGCUGGCUGGUUUGUGCCAGAGUGCUGAGAUUCUUUGGUGGGGUCCGGGAUAACCCCCACCGGACCACAGGGGGGGAGUACGGGUGCCAGCCGUGUGUAGGAUUGGCCUCUCCGGGCCAGGAUCGGAAGAUCGGCCGCUUCUCCCGCCCUGUCCACAAAGGAGGCCGCAGUGUUCGAUUGGCCGUCAGUCGGCAUGGGCAUACAGUUGCUUGUCUUGUUUUGCUUCCAAGGAUGCCCAAGUGCGGCGGCAGGAAGCCAGGUGUGGGCUGAAAACAAUGAUUUUGGGGGCAAUAAAGCGCUAUUUGCCCAGGAGCUGACAAGACAUGCGUCUGCUCGUCUUGAUGGUCAGGCCCCGCCCCCCGUGAAAGUGAUAUUUAUGCCCCACCUGGAAGACCCUUCAAAAGGGAUACGAUUUAGAUAGGUUUAAAAUGAACCAAUAUAUGUUUUAAUGCGUUCGUACCAGGAGAAAAAAGGGAGGUGAAAAAAAAAAAAAAAAAAUACAAAAGACUGACAGCGGGAGGAUAUUUUAAUUUUAAAGGGUCAGGAACACAAACAUGUAUUCCUGACCCUAUCAUGUUAAAACCACCAUCUAGCCCCCCUGGGCCCCUCAUGCCUCCAUAAAUAUAGCAAAAUCUUACUGUAUUCAAGCCUGAAUCUGUAACUCUGCAUGCUGUUAGACUCAGAAAAACAAACAGUCUGCUGAUAUAAUCAGAAGUGGUAGCUGAGACUGACCAAGAGGCAGAUCAGGGGCAGAGCCAGCUUGAUUCAAACACAGCCCUGGCCAAUCAGCAUUUCCUCAUAGAGAUGAAUUGAAUCAAUGAAUCUCUAUGAGGAAAGUUCAGUGUAUGCAGAGGGAGGAGAUACUGAAUGUUUGGAUGCAUUUUAGGCAGCCAUGACCCAGGAAGGAUCUCGAACAGCCAUCUGAGGAGUGGCCAGUGAAGUUAUCACUAGGCUGUAAUGUAAACACUGCAUUUUCUCUGAAAAGACCGUGUUGACAGCAAAAAGCCUGAAGGUAAUGAUUCUACUCACCAGAACAAAUUCAAUAAGCUGUAGUUGUUCUGGUGACUAUAGUGUCCCUUUAAGUUUUAAAAAGUCCCCUGAUGACAUCAUGCUGGAAUAUUAGUUCCCACUCUACCUUUUUAAGUGCAACACUAAAGCUUUGUGCCCUUCUCUUUUUGUAUGCCAGGAGUUCUGUUUGUUUAUUUACUUGAUGGUAUAUGUCUGUGAAAACCUUUUUCUUUUUCUUCCCUGCCGUUUAUCUGCUACAGUGACCACUCACACUUCUAUUUACUGCUCCAUACAGAAAUUAUAUAUAAUUUAUCUAAUGUAUUGCAUGACAAUAAAUAUUACGGUGUGUAUGUUUAGGAAUUGGAGCAAUUUAUGUCCGUCGACGACCAAGGGUCAGAGUGGAAGCCCUGCUUAGUGGUGGUGGUCAAGAAAGAGGCCUGAGAUCUGGGACUGUCCCAGCUCCGCUCACGGUUGGAUUUGGUAGAGCUUGUGAAGUAGCCCAGGAGGAGCUGCAGGUAUGUGCUGCAUGUGAUUUGCCCUGGACAGUUCUCCAUUUAAGUGGAUUGAUAAAGGGUUUUGUUUACUUUGGCCAUUCUAGAUGAAAUUUCUGCCAUUCUCAUGUAAGACUGAGCUCUCCCAUAAGAGCACUCCAGCACUGGAAUCCUGGGCAUCUACACCCCUCACACUGCCAUCACAUUUCUAGUUUUCCUUUCUUCCCUUUAAAAUAAAUAUUUUCUUUUAUUUUGUUUUCAGUAUGACCACAGGAGAAUCAGCUAUCUUUCUGAUAAACUAAUCAACAAUAUCAUGAGCCAAAUUCCACAAGUUGUUUUAAAUGGAGAUCCAGAACAUCGUUACCCAGGUAACAAACAUAUGUUAUGAAAGGUCACUCUUUGAUAACGUAGAGACGGACACAGAGCCGGCCUUAGGCCAUUAGCCGCCCUGUUCGAAAAAAACUUCAACAUCCCCCCUCCCUGUUCAUACCUUUACAUCAUGUAUUGUGUGUGUGUGUAUAGUGUUGGAGUAUUUCUAUAGGGUUUUAUUACAUUAAUUAUUAUUUCAAAACCAAUAUUAAAUUCCCCUUCUCUGUUGGUACCUUGAAGAUAGGGAGGCAUGCUGAUCUCUGGUGGUCCAGUGUGCUGGGAAUCUGUCACACACAAAGAAUUAUAGGCACAGUCGCACACACUGUUGCAGGCAGUCACACACACAUCCACACUGUGACGAAAGCACCUUCGUCACUGGGAUUUGAAGAGGCCUGCUUGCCAGCCUCUUGCCUUGUGACUAUGGUCCCUGGGAUAUAUUGCCCUUUAAAAACACUAUUUGGGCAUAUUGGAUUUUAAAGGCACUGUUUCUGCACCUUGGACUUUUAACUGGAACAGAUUCAAACAUGUGGCGGCGGCCAUCUUAAAUUGUCCAUCAGUGUUUUGCCGUCGAGUGUAUGGAGCUGUUUUGGGCAUGGGAACAUGUGCACGGUGGGGCAAAACUAUGACUUUCAGGAAAUUCCUGAACCGAUCUGGGUGAUUUUUUUUGGAUAUGUUGUUCACCCAGAUUGGGGCUAUCAGGGGUUGUGACUUUGUGGGGAUAUGUUGUAUUUGGGUUUUUUGUUUUGUUUUCUGCUUCGAGUUAAUCAAGGCAGAGGGGAGGGCUUGUGUGCUGUAUGUGGGAGUGUCGGACAUUGUUGUAUUGAUCUGAUUGGUUUGUGUGCCUGUGUUCCAUCAGGCCCAGGGGGUGUAUAAAUUGUGAGUGCUGGCUUGCAUUGGUUUGUGUGCCUGUGUUCCAUCUGGCUUGAAGAAUUGUAUAAAUUGUGAGUGCUGGCUUGCAUUAAACAGACUUGUUCUACCCUUCAUGAAGUUUCAGCUCAUGUUUGGGGGAUUGGAGAACUACCUACACUCUGGGGAUUGCUAUAAUCACUAUACUUCCCAGAGUAAGCUCUUGUAAGAGCUUGUUCCUGCUCUCUGGAUUUAGGAGAGGUCUGCCUACUGGAAGCUGGUCCCUGGUCUUGGGCCCAGAGUAGGAGGAAGACGGCGAGACCCCAACUAAGCUGCGACGGUUCGUGGGGUCUGCAGUGGUUAUGGUGUCUAGUGGAGUGCUGGGAGCCCUUGGGAAGCACUAGGAGCAUGCGUCAAUGGAAGGUACCCAGUCGGGGUGCCAGGCAAUCCGAUACACACACAGUUAGACAGUUACACACAGACCGUUGCAGGCAGACAGUCACACACACAGUUACAGGCACAAAGAGAUAUAUAUAUUUUUUAUAUAUAUAUAUAUAUAUAUAUAUAUAUAUAUAUAUAUAUAUAAUAUACACACACACACACCUCUGCAGGUGUGCACACACUGUUAUAGGCAGACCGAUACACAUACACAGUUGUAGGCAGUCAAACACACACACACAGUAAACGUCAGACACGCACACACAGAUACAGGCAGACACACAUUUACAGGUAAGAAGUGACACACUGUUACAGGCAGUCAUACACACAUGCAGUUACAGGCACACACACAGUUGCAGACUCACACAUAUACAGUUACACACACACACACACACACACAAUUACAUACAGUCACACACACCCCUAUAGUUACAGGCAGACAGUCGCACACACUUUGGACUGGAGUGAGGAGGGAAGGCACUGCAGUUUCUGGUACCUAGUAGUUGGGAAAGCAGGGGCUCCUUCCUGCUUCCCAUUUAGUGUGCAGAAGUUUGUACUACUGCAUGUACAAAAAACUUCAGCAGUCCUGGGUCAGCUCAAAUAUGCAGAUUUUAUGUGCAGAAUAUAAGUUCUUUGUAAAAUAACACUCCGCGUGCAUUUUAAAGGUAGGAAGAGAUUCUAGAUUCAUUCCUGUGAAUCCAUCAACCCUCAAAAUCUAGGGAUCCCAUGUUUUGUAGCAUGAACUUGAAGAGUUAUUUAGUAAUGAUAUCAGUUUAUCCAUUUAAAUGCUUUUCAGAGAUUUUGAGGUACACCCUGCAAAAUGAAGGAACACUCCGGGCACCAUAACGGCUUCAGCCCAUGGUAUUGAUUAGGGUCCCAGGAGUUAAGUGGCAACCCUGUUGAGUUAGUAGUCAAACCAUUUUAAAGAAUGGUUUGACAAUGUACCAGAGUCCUGCUAGGCACCCGUUGCUUCUUCUUCUGCUGCAGGAAGCUCCAGCCACAAAGCUAAGCCCAACCGUGCAGGACUGCACUCAUUGGCUGGGAGCUCUCACCCUAUGAGCAUGUCCUUUUGAGCUUAUCUCAGUAGACCCAACUCAUUGCAGGGGUUUCCAGCAGCGGGGGAGGCGGUGGUGGACAUCUGUUAGGUUGUCAAACUGUUUAAGAAUGGUUUGACUACUUACUCUGGGAGAGAGCCAGGGCAUUGCUGGCACCAUAACUACACUGAGCUGUAAUGGUUUUGGUACUUGUAGUGUUUCUUUAAGGUGGAGGCCAACCUUUAGUUAAAGAAUGUGUGAGUUGUUUUUAGUAUUGGGGGCACCUUCUUCAAAUAAUAAAGAAGGCAUAAUAUUCUGCUUUUUCUUUUCCAGGCUGUGUUAACCUUUCCUUUGCAUACGUUGAAGGCGAGAGUUUGUUGAUGGCUUUGAAAGAUGUGGCUCUUUCAUCUGGCAGGUACAGUAAACUGUUGUGGAAAUCUUCUGUGCAGUUUGAUGGGUCAUAUGAUUGACUGGUGAACCAGCAUAGUACUGAUUCCCUUGAAGCCAGGGAAUAUAAACCCUUGCUAAAGAAAUUAAUUUUUAAAUAAUUCAUAGUGGAACUCUCCCUGGAUUAGUCCACAUAACAGAUACAUUCACACACACCAGCCGAUAAACCCCCCCACUAUAGACACCAUUUGAUAUCAUUGCUAUUUGACUAAAUUCUAAAUUCCGCACCAUAAAACGUGUCAUUCAGUCAGACAAUCAAUUAUAUGAAGUUCUAUGAAGAUUCACCCAAUAAUAUUCCUAGUUUUAUAUAUACAUAGGCCCUUGCUUCUCUGUACCCAGUUUGUUACGAAGUAUUAUUUCUGUGAAUGUGUACCGGGUGAGUGUUUUCUGUAAUUGAGCUAUUACUUUGUAUUUUUUUCCAUUUUAGUGCUUGCACGUCAGCAUCAUUAGAACCAUCUUAUGUCCUUCGAGCCAUUGGAGCAGAUGAGGAUUUGGCUCACUCCUCUAUCAGGUGUGUCCUGUAAAAAGUUAUACAUGAGACAAAGUGGAAAUUGCUGUAACUAACGGCAAAAUGUGAGACAUACUGGAGCUUACCUCGCUACAAGCUUUGAGUUGUGACCUAGAAUUUGUAUCUUCUUAAGCAAUGCACAAAGAAAUGCCUAUAACCACUACUUGCAUGUGCACAACAAGGUCAGCGAAACAUUCCAUUGUGUUGCUGGAUGUUCCAUAGCCCCCCCCCCCCCGUUUUGUAGACUUGUGCGCACGCAAGCAAGUGUUGCACCAGUUGGUAGUGUACAUAGCGGUGUAAAAACUUAUAAGGAAAUGUUAUUCUGAUAUUUCUUUCAGAGGAAGUUUGGAACUCUGUAGAGAGUGUUGCAACUGAGGACAGGCUGUUUUAUACAGUUCACUACACUGUGGUCCUACUUGUAAGCUUGUGUGGCCUGCCAUUUUGUGUUUGAAUCAUUGUUACUCUUAUAUGUUACUACUUCACAAAAACAGCACUUGGUUGACUGUGCCAGAUUUAACAAGACAAAAAUCUUGAGCUUGUUGAAAGACAAAGUCAGAAGCGUGGCCAAGGCCAAUACUUAGAAAGGCAGGCUAUGGAAAUUAGAAACUAAUUCUACAACAAGGGCAGAGAGGGCCCAGCAGUGCUUUGAGGGCCUAAGAAGUUUUAAUAAAGUAGACUCUCAUAGCUACAUUUUCCCCUGAAACACUUCCUCCAUUUUAAGCAUGUCACCAUUCACAAAACCUGACCAUACAGGUGUCAGUGCUGUGUGUUUCAUUAUUUAUGCUCAUCUUUGCUUCCUGAACAUGGCCAGGUGUCCUAUAAUAUAUGAUAUUGUAGGUUAGGGUUACCAAGAACUGGCAAAUUGUUAUGGCAAAUGUACUCCACUGUUGGCCACCUCUUCUCUGAGGACGUUGCCUACUGCAUUUAGGGAUGCCACAAGAAACAGGUUGGUUAAAUGUUUAAUGUUUGCACACAGGAGUAGUGUAGGAGUGUUAUACUUCAUAAUUGUUCACAUGUUCAUGAGGCUUCUGUUUUUCUCUUAUGUUUUAGAUUUGGCAUAGGACGCUUCACCACAGAAGAAGAGAUCGAUUAUACUGUCAGCAAAUGUAUCCGUGAGGUGAAAAGACUCCGUGAAAUGAGGUACUGAAGCUUUUUUAUUUGUGUUGGUGUGACCGUAUGUCUGUACCUGCCAUAACUAUUACUAUUUAUGACAUUAACAUCAUUCCUGUGGGUAGGAUGUUCCAUGCAAUCCUACACAGAAUGGGCUUAAAUGCCUGUAUGGCAUUAUGGAACACUCUGGGGCUCCCUGAAGGCAGAGCUGCUUAGAGUUCUUAAUUCAUAAAACCGCAGCUGAGCGAUUGGGUUCAGCCAUGGUGAUUUUUCUGGGUCUCAGGCUGCUUCAAUGAGACAACCCAGGAUUUCCAUAGACCCCCCCCCGCCCCCCCCCCAAUGUAGGCAGUAGGACAUGAUACUUCAGAGAGUGUCUAAAUUAUUUACAUUUAGCAAUGGUCAAACCUCUAAGGUUGGACAGACGUGCUUAUGUGAGACAGAAAGUGAGAAGAAGCACACAAAGUGUAUGAAUAAUGAAGAUCAAGUUGACAAGUGAAAUCAUGGAUCAGUUUUGUAAAACUAUUGACAGGCAAUCAGAGUGCAGCACUAACUGUAGCCUGUGUGAUUUAGUGUUUCUUAGUAAGCGAUUUGUGCCAAGCAGGGGGAUCUAGGUGGAUUAAGAUAGUAUGGGAUGUAUUCUAAUAAGACCCAGUCACGGGUCACUAGUGUCCUAAAGUUGGCUUGCGAUAACCAAUGAAAAUGUUUUGUUUUAGCAUUUAAUGAUCAGUUGUCUUAAAUUAUUUUGUGUUUACUUCACAGCCCACUGUGGGAGAUGGUACAAGAUGGCAUCGACAUAAAGAGCAUACAGUGGACUCAGCAUUGAACAAAGCACUAUUCUGGACUUGGCCACUGUAGAUAAGUUCUACAGCUUAGUCCUUUGAGAUCUGUUACACAAAACAUAAUAUUAGUAGAACUGUCGCCCUUGUUUUAGCAGAGGGGUUUGUCUGAUGCGUGUGACCCUAGCUUCCUCCUUUUUAUUCAGUGCAGGGUUAAAGAUUCGGCAUUUGCAGGAAAGUAGCACAGUUGCUCUAUCACUGUCUACUGCAGAACUCGUAAUAUGAUAUAUUGUAUGUAUCCUAUGUUAUAUGGGAGUAUUUAAAUCCGAUAUAUGUGGACUGUGGCUCUCCUACUGACUUGCGCAUCGUGGGAAUUUUAGUUUAACAUUUAGAGAAGAAAAGCAAUUUACAAUGGCUGUGGCUGUAUUUGAUGGUAAUAACUUGCCAUUUGCCUUUGUAUUAGAAAACAAAAAUGUAUUUUUUUGCAAAAACAAAAAAAUAUAAAAUGGAUUCCUAUUCUCCUGGAUUCCAAUGUCUGAUUGGGCUCUGGGUUUUCACUUUUCUUUUUAUAUCUGACAAUAGCCCCCUUAACUGUAUUCAGUCUUGUUCACGAUAUCAUGAAUAGGACAGAGGUACUUUAAAUGUUUACUGGCAAAUCACAUUAAUUAUAUAUUUAUACUAUUGGGAAAGAUGCCUUUUUCCUACUUGCAAAUGCAUUAUCAAAAAUAUUGUUAAAAAUCCACUUUGCGGUGGUGGUGGUAUUUGCUGUUAUUGUCUUCUUUAGCUUACUUCGACAAAAAAGAAAUGAUUUAAAAAUUUGAUGGAUUUGUUAGUUGCAUCUCCCAGCAAGCAAAGUAUAUACUGCCAUUGAUUGAUUUGAUGAGCAACUGGCAGGGCGACUGGCAUUUGGUCUAUUUAGUGUUAAUAAGACCAGUACCCCAGAUAAAUAGAAAAGAAAACAGAAAAAUUGCUUUUUUUUUCUUUCUUCAAAGUAAUGUCAUAUGAGUUCUUUUAAAUAGUUCUCCAUAUAAUUCUUAAAGGGACACUAUAGUAACCUGAACAACAUUAGCUUAAUGAAGCAGUUUUGGUGUAUAGAACAUGCCCCUGCAGCCUCACUGCUCAAUCCUCUGCCAUUUAGGAGUGAAAUCCCUUUGUUUAUGAACCCUAGUCACACCUCCCUGCAUGUGACUUGCACAGCCUUCCAUAAACACUUCCUGUAAAGAGAGCGCUAUUUAGGCUUUCUUUAUUGCAAGUUCUGUUUAAUUAAGAUUUUCUUAUCCCCUGCUAUGUUAUUAGCUUGCUAGACCCUGCAAGAGCCUAGAGAUUGAGAUACAAUUAUUUAAGGUAAAUUACAUCUGUUUGAAAGUGAAACCAGUUUUUUGUUUUUUUUCAUGCAGGCUCUGUCAAUCAUAGCCAGGGGAGAUGUGGCAAGGGCUGCAUAAACAGAAACAAAGUGCUUUAACUCCUAAAUGACAGUGAAUUGAGCAGUGAAACUGCAGGGGAAUGAUCUAUACACUAAAACUGCUUUAUUUAGCUAAAGUAAUUUAGGUGACUAUAGUGUUCCUUUAAAUAGAUGUAUCCAAGUAAUGUCAUACUAUUCUGCCCACGGCUCCUGAUUAGUACUUUGCACAUUUGUGCCAGGUACCUCUUUGACCAAUCUUGUUAGUGAGGCAAUCCCAUGAUGUUCUUUAAUUGUGCCAACUAAAGGGGUGUUUUAAGAAAGAAUUCUCAAGCAUGGUAAAACCUUAUUGAUUACAUAGAAUUUCACAAGGUUUGGCAGGGUAGCGAUAGAAGAGAUGCCACAUUGUCUUACAAAAUAAAGGAUGUUUGCUGCAGUGAUGUCAAAAACGUUUGAGAUGGUUCCUUGAAAUGUUUCUGUUUUGAAAUAGCUGUUCAGAUUUAAGCAUGUUAUUUUGAAUGCCUUCAGUGGUUCGAUAUCUGGAAAUGUCAUGUCAUUAAAUCGAUUUUGCUGCCGAGAGGUUCUGUGCCUGCAACCAAAAAACACUUGAACAUUGCAGUCUCUAAACGCACAUUACAUAUUGCAUUCUCUAAACGCACAAGGACACACAUUUUGUGUGCUCCACACUUUUUGUGCAAUAUGUAAGUAAGAUAAAGCCGUGGUUCCUAAACUUGGGAACUUGGGUUGGGAACCACUGCUUGUUCUGUAAUUCAAAGCUUAAAUUACUAUUAACCAAUUACAAGUUGCAUAUACAGAACUUGGUUUCACUUUGCAGGUGCCUCUGUCUUUUCAGCUCCAGUACAAUUUAAACAAAACAAUAAUACUCACUGCUGGCUGUUCUUUAACGUUUUGCCUUAUUUUUGCUCAGGAUUGUAAAAAUUUAAAUGUGAAUAUUGCUCCUGACUAUGUAAAUCAAUAAAAAUAUUUGACUGUA